AUGGCAGUUUCGUCGAAACCUGUGGUUUGGAUGCCCACGCGCAUCCAUCCCGAUGCGCACAAGCUUGCUGUGGAACUCUUCGACGUCAUUCAACCCGGAGACGAGCGCGCGGCGAACUGGUGGGAGUAUGCGGACGGGUCUGUGGUACGAACGGGAGGCAUCGGCGUCGAGGAGGUGGAAAGGGCGCAUAAGUUGAAGAUUAUUUCUCGCAAUGGCGUAGGAUACGAGACCAUACCAGUCAAGACUUGCUUGGAGCGCGGCAUCGUAGUCACCCGCCUACCCGGCGUCAAUCAGAAAGCCGUCGGCGAGCUAUGUGUGGCGCUCACACUGGCUGUACUCCGACGCGUGGCCGAGCUCGACAGGCGCAUGCGCCGUGGAGAGUUCCUGCCCAGUAUAGACUGGCUAGGUAUCAGUGCGGACGAGAAGGUCGUAGGUCUCGUUGGAAUGGGCAAUAUUGCGCGGGAGUACGCGUGGAAGAUGAGUAGAGGCUGGAAUACACCCAUAUUUGUUUACUCGCCCACUUCGUCGCCUUUGAAGUGGACCGACCAGGACCCAUCUGGCGAACCUCCCAUCCCGCACACGCGUGUCAGCUCCCUCGAUGAGCUCCUACAGAAGAGCGACAUCGUCUCUCUGCACUGCCCCACCACUGAUGCGACGCGGGGUAUGAUUGGCAAGCGUGAACUCGGGCUCAUGAAGGACACGGCAGUCUUGAUCAACUCGGCACGAGGAGCUCUGAUCGACGAGGUUGCCCUGCUCGAUGCUCUCAAAAAUGGGAUCAUAUAUGGUGCAGGUCUAGACGUAUUAUGCCAUGAACCAGCCACGCCCGAGCGCUACUCAGAGUUGUACGAGCUGGAAAACAUCGUUAUCCAACCACACGUUGGCGGUGGGACGCACGAAGUUCAGAGCAGCAGCUGUAUCACGGCCGUGCGCACUGUAUACUCCUACCUACGCGGAGAAGGCAUUGGCGAAAGUAUUGAAGUUGAGUCAUGA